GUUCAUUGAUGUUCCAGAAGCUCGACCUGGAGCCCCACAGCGCACGUGGAUUACAGUGACCGGUGUUUGUAGGCACCCCAGACCCCAGAGUUGUGCGCAUGUCUUGCGCGACACUAUCAUUCUAUACUUGUAAAUGGUAGUGCGCCGCCCUCUUGGGAUACUUGCGUGUUCGGGCACACCACGAUUUUUGACGCAUACCACACAACCCUGCCAUGCGUCCGCAUAGCCGCGAGGAACUCGACAAUAAAUGGAAGAUCAUACAACACGCAGCUCUCUUAUCGGCACUUGUCGUGUGUAUCGUAACAAUCAGGAUAGCGUCAAGCUUGUUGCAAUGGAAGCGCCUGUCAGUUCCCGAAUACCUUCUUCUUUUUGCGACCGCAGGCAGUCUGGCUCUGAACGGCGCGAGUAUUUUUGUCGUUGAUAGUGGUGGGCUCGGACAUCAUAUAGGCAAUGUGUCUCGUGCACAGCUUGUGUACUUGUUCAAGUUUUAUUUCGCGGCGGCACUGUUGAUACCGACCUGUUUUGCAACUGCAAAGCUAUCACUGCUCUGGCUUCUCCACAGAAUUUUCGCCCAUUCGUGGUUUCGGAAUGUCGUACGAGUGCUUGCCGGGGUGGUCGUCGCCUGGUGGGUCGCAAGCAUUGUGCAGGAAGUUCGCAUCUGCUAUCCUGUCGAAACAAGAUGGAAAGGCACCUGCAAGGGCAAACACAGCCUGAGAACGUACCUCAUACUCCCGAUUCCAUGGAUCGUGACAGACUGGCUAAUCCUCCUCACUCCAUUGCCGGUUCUAUGGAAGAAUAUCGAUACCAGAAGGUCACGAGCAACGCAGGUUGGGCUUUUAACUCUAUUUGGGCUGGGGAUUGUCACUUGCUGUAUAUCCAUCAAACGUUUUAUCGUGCAGCUGAAGACGAACGUGGACGAUCUGACUUUCACCUUGGCUGAGCCGACUCUGUGGCAGAUGAUUGACCUCAGCACCACCAUCUGCUGCGCCGCUCUUCCUGGAUCAACUCACACACUGAAGAGGAUGCUACCUGUCGAUCUACUCGAGCAGGCAGUAGAUUGGGUUGAGCGGAAAUGGCACGCUACAAAACAGAGUAGCUGUACGUCUCGUAGUGUUACAGCUGAAGAUGCAGAAGCAAAUCUCCCUCCUGUAUCUACUUUACGACAUACACAAGACCCAAUGAGCGACCCCACAUCCAAUCAAGUUUGAGUCGAGCUUCGACCUGCAUAUCAUGCGGUCAUUUCUCUCUCUCCAAUAAUCCCUCACAUUGUCAAGCAGUUGUGAUAAGACUUGGACAUUCCUUCCAAAUCUGAAGAGACCGAUUUCACUGAUCUACCACCGUGGCUAGACUCCCUCACGCACAUGCUGGCAACUGGGAAUCAUGGUCAUAUGGAAAUUUCUCUCGGGCAGACCACAUACCAGAAACACGGAACCGAUGAAUCAUGACACUGGGCUGUCAUUGCUUUCUUACAGCACAGUAGGAACAGAAGUCCUUACUUUUACAGACGCAAUUGGGGAGGUCAUUAACGCGGGCAGACUUUACCUUGAGCAGGUCGCGUAGUGGGAUAUUAUAUGUUUCCAGCAACGGGAUAGAACCAUCUCCC